AUAUAACGGUCUUUCAAAUCGAUGGCCAAUACCUAAGCCACGACAAUAGACGGCUUUGGUGUCUCAAAAACGCCUGCGACGAAUCGAAAGUGGUCAAGUGCAUUAUGAAGAAGAAGCUAUUUGCGUUGUGAAUUCACUCUACUUACUCUUUUGCGUAAUAUUGGUGGGACUAAAAAACUUUUAAAAAUUACCCGUCAACCAGAUUUAGGCCAAAGCGUUGAGUAUGCCUAUCUAUGCGUCGUCGAUAAUGUAUAGCGCAAGCAUUCCCUCUAAAGCUUAGGUGAUCGAAGCGGGCAGCGGAUACGGAGCAAACCAAAGCGAAUGGGGAGACUUCGAAUGGAAACACUCUACAGCCAUGGAGGGCAAAGACAUUGUCGUAAUGCCUUCCGGACAGUUGAGCCGCACCAAGCGAGUGCACGGCGAGAAUAUGCACGAGAUCCGUUUCUUUAUCGAGGAUUGUUAUGCUGAACGGAGGCCAUAGAGAUAGUGACGAAGCAUCUGCAUCCGAGUCCCACUACUUUGAGGCCCGUCUUCCCGAUGAUGAGUAAGAUCGUCCGCCAUGGGUCGGAUUUCUAUCCCUAUGUGAUAUAUGUGAAUGUUAUGAAAAUCUAAGAAGGGAUGCUUUUUCUCCCGCCGAUCUCAGUGAGUCGUUUAGGACAAGGCACCUUCUAAAAGGUGGCAAAAUUUGAGAAAAUCG